GUUUUAUGCGGUUUCUGUAAAAAAACACAGUUCAAUCUAACAUGAAUAACUGAUAUGAACUGGUCUUGCUGAAAGGUUUAAACAUCAACAAUGAAGUUUGUCUAUGUUGUGUGCAUCUGGAUUUGUCUGUCAGGAUUUGGAAAUUCAGCUGCUGAUGGGAUUCACAUAAACAAUCGUGAAGGAGAUCAAGUCACAAUUACGUGUACUAAUGAAUGGGCUUCAGAUAACAAGAAGUAUUUCUGCAGAGAUCCAUGUAAUGAUAUUAUAGUAUCAUCUGAUCAGACUUCUAACAGGAGAUUCAGACUGAAGGAUUUUGGGAAAGGAACGUUCACAGUGACCAUCACUGAUCUACAGGAGUCAGACUCUGGGACUUACAUGUGUGGAGUGAGCAGAGUUUUUAAAGACACAUAUAUAAGCGUCAAUCUGAGAGUAUAUAAAGCAGAUAAAAACACAAACACACCUCAGAUGACUCCUACACCAGAGAAAAAAUCAGUUUAUCAAACCUCCACGAGUAGAUCAUUCAGUCCUGCACCUGAUGACAUCACAACAUCAUCUUCAUCUAAAUGUCAUGAUGAAACGCCACGUUCAGCUGAUCAAACAUUUUUAAAUAAAGCUGGUCUUCUAGUGAUCAUCAUUGUUGGUUUGGCAGUGCUGGUGAUAUUUGGACUGGUGGUCUGUAUGUUGAACAUGCACAAGAGAAAAUCAAACAGUUUCAGGAAUUCAGAACACCCAGAUGCUGAAACUGUCACCACAUGUACCAUAAAGGUCGUUCGUGAUUAUGAAAUCACAGAGAUUCGACAGCAAGAUGAUACAUUCACUGUCGUCUACUUCACUGUCAGUCAAAACCCUGCGGUCAAUCAGUUUCAAGACAUUCUCUUUAGUCCACUCUAAAUUUACAGUCAGACUACCAAUGUUUAAAACCUCAAAACAAUUACAGCAGAGAUUUAAUAAACAAUGUGUUAGUAAAACAAGUACAUUUAUUCCUAAUAGCAUGAAACAUUGUUUUUAACCAUUUUAUAUACUGCCUGUAUUUUCCAAAAUCCGUAGCACACAUAUAAUUCAACAUUUCAUCAUCCACAUCACAAAGCAAAUGUACAUUUCAAUAAAUUAAAACCAACUGCAAAGUAACGGACUUGUUCUAACCAGUGCGUUGUUAGAUAUUUGGUAACCUUGGGCGUUGUCCAUGCCAGGCUCAGCUGGGUUCAAAACUAAGGCCUAUGAUUUGUAAUUUGCUUUUAUGAUUUGUUCAGGUUCAGAUAAUAUUCUUAAAAUAAAAAACUCACUUAGAGAGCAUAUGGAUUUGGUUUAAUGAACAAAGUUUUUAAAAGAAAAUUGUUAUUUAAAAAUUAACAGCAAUGUGGAUCACCAUUAUUAGGAGGUGAUUUGCAUUGACUAUUUAUGGUGAAAAAUGGGCGUGAACAGGGCGGGAUAUACGUGAACCAGCCUCAUACGCACACUUGCAAGUGAUUUGUGAUUUAUAAAGGAAACAUUGCCUACAGGUGCGCCUGACCUGGCACAUGGUUUUAUAACGCUACGUUUACACGUGGGCGGCUAUUUUCAUAAAUGGACAUUUCAACCUCUCUGGUUUCAAAAAUAAUAUUGUGCACACAUGAAAGUGUUCAUUUACACGUACCCGUGCAUAUAUGCCGUCAAGAGAAGCUCAAGCCCACGUAAGCCAAUCACCAGCAGCGCUGGUGGUGACGCGGACUGGUUCUUCAUGUUGGAGGGAGGAGUUGUUGCAGUAGGUGUUCGAUGACGUCAAAGUACCGCGAGAGCUAUUCGAAAUUAGACCUCUACAUGUGAUUUCUCAACUCGCUCUCGCGGUACUUUGACAUAAUCUGUCUGUCGGUUCUUGCAGCGCCGCAUGAAGUCGGACACACAUAAAAUUGCUGACCUCCGAGCACUCGUCUCUGCUCCUCGACAUAAUGGAGCAGCUGUAUUUGCAAAUACAAACACACGAAACAAGUUUGCACGAACAUAAAUGUGAUCUUGGAAGUGUUCAGAGUAGCAGUCACAUGUAAACAUAGGUCGCACUUUUGACGUAGGUGCGAGCUCUGGCGCAUACUCUGUGACGUUGCCUGCUUAAACAUCCGUUUGUC